AAUGACUGUUUGACACAAAAACAAGUUUUGAGGGCUUUUUGAAUGCAUUUAACGAUUAGUUUUGAAUGAAAACUUUUGACACAAAUAUGAAAACAUGUGUUGAAGUAGUGGUUCACAUGAGACACAUACACACGAAGAAGUUAUGGACACCACCGAUGAAUUGAUGACCGCAGAUGAGCUCCAGAAGUACUCCAAAGAGGAACUGAUCGCUCGCAUGUUGUCAAUGCAGUCACACGUUAGACAACUGAAGAAUAUAUUAAACAAAAGGAGUGGUAAUAGUAGUGAUGAUAAGUGUCGGCCAAGAAGUGAACGUGACUUUGAUUUUCGUAAAUACAAGACAAGACAUAUCGCACUGAAAGUGCUAUACUUGGGCUGGGAUUACAUGGGAUUCGCCGCUCAAGAGGACAGUCACCACACGGUAGAGGCGGCCCUAUUCGAGGCGCUCACAAAGACCCGACUCAUCCGCACCCGUCAGACCUCUAACUAUCACCGGUGCGGACGCACUGACAAAGGAGUGUCCGCUUUCUCGCAGAUUAUAUCACUCGACGUGAGAACUAAUCUAAAGAGUGGUAAAGGAGUCAUCACUCCUGAGGAUUACGUGGACCACAGCGACGGUCAAACUGAUGAGUCAGAUCCCGAAGAGAUUAAUUACGCUUUGAUUUUGAAUAAUGUUUUGCCCGAAGAUAUUCGUGUCAUUUGUUGGACACCCGUUGAGACAGAGUUUAGCUCUCGGUUUGACUGCAAAUCCCGAACUUAUAAGUAUUUGUUCCCAAAGGGAGGGCUCGAUAUCGAUCGCAUGAGAGUUGGAUGUGAUUAUCUUGUGGGUGAUCACGACUUCAGGAACUUUUGCAAAAUGGAUGUCAAUAACGGUGUCACCAAUUAUAGGAGGAAUAUAUUGUCCAUUCAUUUGCAGCAAUAUUCUACUGAAUCUAAUUGUAAUCACUUUGGAUGUGAUGAGAACUACUCGAUGUACUCAUUAACCAUCACCGGCACAGCCUUUAUAUGGCAUCAGAUCAGGUGUAUUGUGGCUCUUCUAUUCCUCGUCGGCCAACAUCGAGAAGAACCCGAAAUAAUUAGCCAAUUGCUGGAUGUGGACAGACAUCCCAAUAAACCGCAGUAUUGUAUGGCCACUGACUUUCCAUUGAUUUUGUUUGACUGCAGUUAUAGUGGCAAUGAUAUCAAUGAAUGGAUUUUUGAUACCAAAGCAUCCGUUCAACUCAUAAAACAUUUGCAAAGUUUAUGGACUAAACAAAUGAUCAAAACAGAUGUCAUUAAACUAAUGCUCAAUAGUUUGACAAAUGAUUUUAAAGCUCGCAAUACAUGUGAAGACUUGUCUGACAAUAGUUCGCUAAUCGAUGCCUUAUGUAUGGGAGUCCGACAUAAAGUUUAUAAACCAUUACUUCAGCGACCAGUUUGUGAAAGUCUGGAACAAAGGAUUUCAAAGUGCAAUAAAAGGACUAAAAUUAAAGAUUAAUGUCUGUAGACAACAGGUGUUAAAAAUGUG